GAUUGAUGGAAAGUUUCUGGACAGCGAACUAAUCUACAAAAGGAAAGGAGACAUUAUUAUCGGUUUAUUUCAGCUCUUAAAAAGAUCACCAGUGGAUGAACUUGUGAGAGCGAACUGAACGGAAUAAAAGGAUUGGGAUAAAUGAAAAUGCUUUGCGGAGUGCAUCAACACCAGCUCAUCUUGCUAUUGGCUGCCGCCAUGGCGUUGGCCCUGGAUUCUUCACACAACCUGGCCAGUGAGAGGAGCUCGAUCGAAAGCACGUACGAGCUGACCAAAUACCUGGAGUAUCAGCUCAAGGAAAUCAAAGACAUAUACCUGACCUACCUAGGCCCUCCAUUCAACGAGAAAGACUUCUCCCCUCCUCGACCCAACAGUACCGCUCUGUCCCUGCCCAGCGCCGCCACCCGCCUGGAGCUGUGGCACGGCCUGGAGAACCAAGCUCGGCUCGCCCAGAACCAGAAGGCCUACUCUGUCCUGCUGUCAGCGGUCAGGGAGUUGGCCCGCUCCACCCUCUGCCCCUCCCUCAAGACCUCCCUGCUGCACUUUUGCACAGGCCUUGACGGGCUGCUGGGCUCUAUAUCUGCACUGAUGACCACCCUCGGUUACGCACUUCCUCUUCCAUCUGCUAACAUGGGGAGUAACGCUGGAGAGCUGCAGUACCCUCUGAGGGGGGCAGGGGGCGAGCGACCUGCUCCGCUGAUGAGCCAGAGCCUUUACAGGUCCAGAGCCGGGACAAGGACAGAGUCCGGUCAGCGGAACAACCAAAAACGGAGCGGGAAGACGGUGGUCAGAGGAGAGAGGGAGGCCGGCGUCGCCGUAGACCUGGUGGACAAAAGGAGAGGGAGAGAAGGGAGGAGAGAAGGGAGGAGAGCAGUCGCGACGGCAGCUGGAGGAGCGACUGGCGGAUUGAGGGAGAAGGGAAGAGGAGAAAGAGGGAGGAGAGUGAGGAGGGAAGAGCCGCAGAGCGGGAAAUGGUCUGCCAGCGAAGAAGAGAGAAUAGGGGAGGAAGAAGAUGAGGAGCUGGAGCGAGACGUAGGUGAGGAGGGAUGGAGGAGGAGGAGAUUGUUGAGUAUCAACGAGGAUGGAGAGGAGAAGGAGAGGCAGCCUGAACCCAGGGUAGAAGUGUCGUAUCCGGGCACAGACGGCUCCGGCUCCCUUGGACCGCCAAACAUCCAAACCCACAACAAUCAAUACAGCUACAACCUGAACUCACGUCACACAGACACACUAAGAGAAGAAGAUGGAUUUAUUGUGGAGGGCCACAGAGGGUUAAGGGUGGAGGAGGAGAAGCAAACAGACAUGGAGGUCCCUUACUCCACUUUCCAUCAUCAGCGUCGGCCUCCUCGCUCCCUCCUCACUCCCACCCUCCCACCUCCUCUGUCCACCCUCUCCUUACUCUACCAGUUUGGAGCAGGUGAGGAGCACACCCUCCUCUCCCAGCCGGUUCCUCUGUCUUUACAAAGGGGCACCUCCCUCCUUUCGCCUCCUCUAACUCCGCUCCUUUCCUCCGCCUCCUCUGCCUCCUCCUCGCUGUUGUCGGUGAGGCCGACAAUGAACGACUUUGCCCGGAAGGUCGAGGGGUUUUGGAUAUUGAGGGAGCUGCAGAGUUGGCUGUGGCGGUCGGCGAAGGACUUUAACCGCCUCAAGAAGAGACUCAGAGGCUGAGACAUUGAGACACACAAGUGCAGUAUAUCGGAAAAUCUAUUGUUUGCACAAAAUCUGAGUGGGAACAAAUUGAGAGCUUAAACAGACAAAAGCACAUUAACACAUUCAUGCUUAACUCAUUCAUUCAUACCGUACUGGAAUAAGUGAAUGAAGGACGAUUUGGAAGGUCAUCAGACGCACUAAUGGAAUAUAAAGCCAACACAUUACCAGCACUGUCACCCGCCUGAUGCACAUAGCAGCUCAUUGAGCAAGAAACACUGAGACUGGGCUGAGUUACCGGACUUCACGGCUCAUAGAUCAACAGAAAUACCACUGUAGGUGGUUAGACACACACACACACACACACACACAGCACACAGCACACAGGGGGUCGGCCGAGUGACAGGCAGAGAGACAAACAGUGCAGCCAUUGAGUGAAAACUGAUUCAGUGACCUCCAGAUGUGUGAAUCAGCAAACUUUCUCUAAAGGA